AUGAGAACUUGUAAAUUCAACUCGAAAAGUGGUAUGGAGGAUCUCCAGUGUUUGUUGUGUCACAAGAAUUCGGUCCGACCUGUUGUAACCAAGUGUGGCCAUAUGUUUUGUUGGGAGUGUGUUAGCCCUCUUCUCCCCUGUCCAUGUCCAUUCUGUAAAAGCCCAUUGACGCUUCACUCUUUGACGUAUAUUUACGACGGCACCCAAGUGAAACCAAACGAAGUGACUCAAGAAGUUAUACCACCGGACUCUUCAAACUCACCAACACAAGAAAUUGUCAACACGUUCAGAAAUUUCGAUUUUGGUAGGACGCGUGUCGGUCCAAAUCAAAAUUCACUUUAUGAACUCCCAAAAUGGUUUGCCGUUGUUGUUAUUUCGUUUGUUGUGUUGUUCCUCGUCAUUAUGUGGUUGCAUUGA